AUGCGCUUCAAGACCGUCAUGUGAGUACGGAGAAAGAGAGAAGGGCUGUCUGCCCUUGUUUCGUUGACCUUUUCACAAGCUGACAGAUUCCGUAGCCGGUAGCCAGAACACAGGUUACAGGGACGUGCUUACUGACUGCGCACAUAAGAGGUAGACCGACGGGAGGGUAUCAGCGGCGAUUUUAAGAAUCAAAAAUCACGGCCAUUCUUAGUCCUAAGUCACAGAUCCCUGCAGAAGCUAUUUCAUACUAACACUUAUGCGUUCUUCCAAGGUUUGCAGUAAGUCAGGUAGUGAGAUAAGUGUCAGAGUAGUUUUGUAAAGAAAAAUCUUCGGAUACUAUGCAUUUGCCCAGACCAUUGAGGACAAUUAAUUAUCAUGCUUUGAAAUAAGUGCUGGUUUGGUGGUAGAAUAAAAACACCGAAGAUCUAGGCCUACGUUUUAGGGAUGUGCAGCUACAGAACACUAAGUACAAAUAUAGAGGGGCGCUCACCGAUCGUGUUACGGGAUUCACUCGUCCCGUUGUGCCUUGGGGCUUUCUCUCGAGUGGGGCGUUGGACUUCUAACCAACAGGUCGCGGGAUCGAGCCCCAGGUGUUCCAUACUUUGGGGUUGGGUAUGACUGGCUGACGACGGUUAAUGAGCCAGAAACGGCCAUUCCAGUUUCCCUCGUCUUUGUCGGUAAUGUUAUUCUGCUUAUAUUACGUACCGCUGUGCGUCUGCUAGUUGGGCUAGAGAGAGCCCCAGGGCACAACGAGACGAGCGAGUUCCAUAAAAACGAUCGGCGAGCGUCCUUUGACCAAAAAUGCAGGGAUCAGGUCGUCUCACGGCACAGUUAAAUCAAAUCGUGCAAACCCUGCGCGAACCCCGGGCGGUGGAUUGUAAACGCGAAAUGUGGCUCCGAUACGUGGAUGAUACGUUUGUUAUCAAGAAGACCGGUGAAAUUUAGCAAUUGCACCUGACUCUGAAUAGCGUUUUCCCAGCUAUCCAGUUUACUCGCUAACAGGCAACAGGAGGCAUCCUCCCGUUUCUACACUUAAGUAAACAAACACUCAGUGAUGGCGGCCUUGCAACGAGGGUCGACCAAAAAGACUCCGAUGCUGACGUCAUUCUCAGUUAUAAAAGCAAUCAUCCUACAGCGCAUAAAAGGAGCUGUGUCCCAAUCCCUUUCAACCGGACAUUUCGUUACUGCAGCAGUAAUGAUCUGAUUAAGAAAGAACUCUCUCUCUCUCUCUUAUAUCGAUUGUUCCGGCUCUACGGAUACCCGGUAACUUUUGUGAAAAAUUGUCUCAGACAUCAGAGGCAAACGCAAGGCCUGGGUUCUAAUGAGGGGCCAGAACAACGGAAAUUCUGCUCUCUACCCUGCAUGCACGACAGUUCCGAAGCGAUCGCCCGACAACUAAACCGGUUUGGCAUCUUCAUUACUCAUGAGCAGGCGUCCUUCCUGUGCGCAACACUAUCCCAAGUAAAAGAUCCCAUAUCCAAAGAGCAGAAAACUACUGUCAUCUACCGCAUACCGUGUGAUAACUGCUCUGAAGUCGACACUUCGGAGUUGGGUAUGGCUGUCUGAAGAUGGCUAACGAGCCAGAAACAGCCAGUCCAGUCUCCCUUGUCUUUGUCGAUAAUGUCAUUCUGACCAAUUACAAAGCCACAUAAAGUCCUAAGUUAAAAACUUGCUCAUUUUGCAUGUCAGAUGCUUUGAGGAAUGCAGCGGAGUAGUAAACACACCAGACGAUCGUACUGCCCGUCCGAACUUAUAGAACUGAACGAGCGUGCCCCGUAGACCGAUCGGUGAGCUCACUUCCAGCAUAGCUGAUACUCCAAAUCGCAACAACAUGAUAACGGGACCGCUUUACCUAACGGUCAAAGAUCCCGGGUUCAAAUCCCAGGUGUCCCAACGCUGGGAUUGGCUAACGAUGACUAACAAGCCAGAAAUAGCCGUUCCGGUCUCUUUUGCCGCUGUAUAUACACCUUUUAGAUUAAAACAGGUAGGGAGCUUCAAAAAAAAUAUUUUUUCUUCCGGUCUUUAAACAGUAGUACCAACAAAAGAGGCAAACUCUCACGCCAAAUGAGAAGACUAAACGGAACUGCGCUCAUCUUUCCAAGUAAAUACGUCGUCGUUAUCGAAAGACCGACGGCAUAAAAUCACAAUUAUUACGUAGCGUCUUAUUACCCAACGAGGAAACAGCAAGCUACCAUACACGAAUUUACUUCCGGCAAUGCCUCUAGCCGAUGCAUAUCAUGACUUCAAUAGUCUUUGCAUGUCAAUGUAUAUUUGAAAAAAUCAGCCAAAGUAUAACUGAUAUGAAAUUGGAGUUUCUAUCACUCAGCAGUCCUGGCCGAACCCCGAAGGCAGAUCUCGUUCAUCGAUUUCAUGCAUAGUUCUGUUAGGAUUUCCCGAGGAAGCUCUCAAGAGCAUUCUUGAUCUUAGGAUAUUUCUUGUCGGUCUCUCGAUAGACUAAGGAUAAAAAGCAAAAUUCGAUGUCUAGCGCUGGAGCAUGGAAUGUGGCCAGAUGAAUUUGCAGGAAGAUAUUCCGUCGGCCGCAGGAAUAUGGACAUUCUCCGUCUUACAGAUAACCUCACCCUAAAUUCCAGACGAGUUCUAGUGUUACUGGUGGAACUAAGGCUAUUUUUGGAGAUUAUGUAUUGGUGUUGAGGUUACGUCUAUUAAAGUUGGUGUUUGGGUUGAGAUUAAAGUUUGGACACGGGAAUGGGAGCCCCCUGAAGAACUUAGUCGUAAGGUCAGCUAUAGCUGACCUUACGAGGACCUAACUGAGGACUUCCCGUAUCUCUUUGUCCGAUCCAAAACUCCACGUUUAGUUAUCCGGGCGACAAAAAACUUGCUCAAACGACAGGGAACCUUUUCCCGUGAAAAACCCCCUUCACGCCCUCCGGGCCCUCAUUGUGCCUAGCAUGGAGACCUGAUGUGGUGACCAGAAUUGCCCACGAAAAGCGGUCGUAGGAUGAGAAGUCAAGGUCAGACUGACAGAGUAGAAUGCCUGGGAGAGGAGAGAUUUUUUUACGUUGCUACUCAAUAAAUACAAGGAGUCAUUGUUUCCGCACUAUAUGUAAACCAAGUUUACCUCCGCAUGCAACGCUGUUACGAGCAACUUUUUCCUUACCAAGAGAGUAGGGAGAGGGAGAGCAUUGCUGUUCUUCGCAUCCUGUUUGCCGUUGGUUUUUUGUGCUUACCUGCUCCACAGGCGGUCACCUCAGAGUUUUCUCAUCAAAAUGGCUCCCACUCCUCGUUUUACAGAAUUCCUUGAAAGGAAUCACAGUUUCGUUCGGUAUAUCACUGGAGUUAACAGUUUCCCCCAACAGGGUACGGCAGUAGGAACAGAAAUAAUAUUCACGCCGAAAAUGACGCGUAUUCCUAAGGUUUGCGCACACACCUUAUCAGCUUCCAUGACUUCCGGCCGAUGAGACACCAGGCUGUCCGUAGCACAACGGGUACGCUAUUUGCCAUUAAAAUCUUAACGGACUUCGGUCACGUCGCCCUUCGUCUGUGCGUUCGCAGCGCGGAACUUUCGUCUUAGGCUACCUGCCUCUCAGCCUUCAGCACGAGAACCACACUACUUAAAAACACGUCAUCCGUAGGAGGGUCGUUGUCAACAGUAUGAUAGUCAGCGCGUUAAUCCCCAAAAUGCCGAAGGGCCCUUCUUCUUGCAUUAUUCCGGGAUGCUUUGGAUCACAGCGGUUCGACGACCUGUCUUCCUGUUACAGCAGAAAUUAUCAGUCAGUCUAUUCUCUGCCUCAGCAUACUUGCCGGCAUAUCUAGGAUAAACUGGUAGUCUUAUUUUCUUAAAAUUUAUACCAGAGCGGGAUUAAUACUCAGUUAUCGUACAACCACAUGCACGUUAGCAACACUGAGCAAUGUUCCCAAAAGUCACCUUCUGCAUAAACGUUUCCUUCAUGCCAGGUAAUUAACAAUAUGAAAGAACCUAUCCAGUCAACAGGAAACAGGCGUGUCUUCGUCGUACUGGCAGAAGGUCACAAGACGACCUAGUACAAACCACCGUAGAAUCAAGACAGCAUCUGGCACUUGCCUUCCGCCGACUGUCCCGUGCAUUGGUGUACUUUUAUUCAUCAUAUCGAUUAGCACUGACCUUGAGGCACUGUUGCGCCAAUCAGUUUUCGAGGCGGUGACGGAUUGCUCACACUGAGUCCUCACACACCCGCGAGGACUUGAACUGAGCCACAAUCAACAGGACGGAGUUGAGAGCACAGAAGGGCGUGUUUGGGGCCAUCACAAAGGCUGGCAUCCUUUGAAAAGCUAGCCUGAAGCUAGGAUGUGGCCAAGGCCCUCAUUUCUCAUCGGAUGGACGCCUCUAGGGGGUGGGGGGAGGGGAAUUUUGAAACCACACACACACAGUCUCGGGCCACGCGCGGUCGCUCACUCAUCAGCGAGACAUGACUUCAGCGGGCUUGCUGAAAUCGGAUACGCCAAGCAACUUCAAAGAGCUCACUUUCGGGUGUUGACUCGCGUUCCAACGUAUCACCUUUCUUAUGGCGAUUUUCGCACAUGAUCCAGUCAUAUUGCAGAGACUUUGAUUCCUCCUGUUGUUUGUUGUUAUGGUUUCUCACGCUGUCAGAACCGGGUGUUGCUAGGGCGAUCCUUUGCAGAAGGUCACGAGAAGGUUGCAGAAAGGGGGGCGGGGGUUCUUCAGUCCAGAGCAAGCUCACUUUUAAGACUCAUAGAACUGCAUGUGUCUGUAGAGUUGAACGUAGAUGAGCGAAAAUGCCGAGAAUCUGCCUUACAUUUCCUCGCCUCGUGAUAUUUUAUUCCUUAAACCUUGGUCAAUCAGAAUAAUGUUUAGGUUAGCAGACGUUCCCUAAACGUGUGAACUCUCCACAAGGUUUGGGGAUCGAGAGAGCACUUUUUAAUAAACUUUUCCGGCAAAACUGUUGAAUUUGGACAGAGCUUACGAUUUUACGCGAGACCCCGUUCACUACUACUACUGUCAAGUAUGGUGUAUUGUGCUAUCUUAGUAUAUGCUACUGGCUGUCCGUUGACCGCUUAUAAAUAUUACGCGGUUAUUCCGUAAUGGCUGAUGUACUUUGGCCUAAAAAUUCAUAUCGGAAUUCAGUCUGAGCCUAAAAGCCUCAAAUAGACUAAUUUACUCCAAGGUAGGGAUUAAUUUAUGAGGGAACUAAAAAGCUGCAAUUGUCGUCACUUUUCUACCCUGUUUUCGCCAUGUGGCAGUCCUGUGACAUGUCGAGAAGUCGGAGAAGCCUGUUACAGUCGAUUUAUGACAAUAAAUUUCGAUAGGAACACCAGACGGAAAUUAUUUUCCAAAAGAAUGAAAAUAAGACAUUUAAAUUUAUCCUCUAGAGAAUCAGCAAGUAUUGAGAACUCAGCGGCAGAACACCUACUUAUCGGUGAUAGGGCGUCUGUUAGUGGAUCUUCAUUCAAGGCCGGAAUGAACACUAGUCAGAAGUUUUCCCAGUCGGAUUUUAUUUCGUUGCCGUACCUGUAGUUGAAAAGCACCAGCCUAACCCCAACCCCUAACCCUCAACCCUUGCCCCUAACAGCCAACCUCAACCCCUAACUCCAACCGCUAGCCCCUAACCUUAACUGUUGACCCUGACCCCAACCCCUAAUCCUAACUUCUUACAGGUACGGCUAUAAAGUAAGAUCUUGCCGUUUUCCCAAAUCAGACUGAGAGAGAGAAGCAGAGCAGGAAUGGGCCGACAAAGUAACUGAACAAUUUUGAGCCUUCAAAGUUCGCCACAGUCAGCCUCAGUAUGGCAUUUAAGUCCUAACGACUUCGCCAUUCGCAAACAAUUCUUUCGAAAUUAAUUGAUACGGAUUAAGCAAAACCAUAUUACAAGUCAUCUUCUGUCACCGUGGACGUGUUAGAUAAGCCUGCGCGUGCGACACGCCUUCAGAGAAAAAGAAUGAUGAAGUCCCUGAAAGUGUUGGCCGGAAGCUUGCCAGGGGGUUUUGAGAGGGCAAAGUACAUGUCAGUUUUGAUGGAAUUUACUCUGCAUCCGGUAGCGAAUCUUAAAGUAUAAAACAACACAAGAAGAUUCAGCUGGGUAAAGACCGGGGUUAUUUGGUUUUCAGUGCCUGCAAGUGUUGUAGUACAAAUUGUCAUCUGAUUGGCGGGAAAUAGGAGAUAAUCGCCUCUGGCGGAACUUUUAAUAAGUCCUGGUCAGAUAACUAAUUCCUCUUUUUUCACAUCCUGAUUUUUCUUCACUCAAUGCUUCGUGCUUCUGAUUUCCGCCAGUCUGCUCGUUAACGAUGCUGUCCAACUAGCCUUAUUCCCUUUUUUACAUUGAGUCAGACUGCCUGCACCGACUGUCACACGACUAGCCUACUACAAGUACAUUUAACACGUUGGCAAUCUGAAUGCCGAAUAAACGUCCUAUGCAAAAAAAAUGUCAAACUGCCGAAAGCACCAGCUCUAUCGACCUUGCGGGCUACCAGUUUGUCCAAACACCUUUGUGCAGGUGACAUCCGCAGGGCGGCCUGAUUCACCUAACCUCGUGAUGCGUGGGUGGAACUUGCCGAUGCCUACAGAGGGUGAAUAUAUUUGCAUAAUUUGCACAUUCGCCUAGGCGCUAUUCAAGAGCUGGCAAUGACAACAGUCUUCAUAACUCACCGGGCCUGACAUCUUAUAGCGCUAACUCAUCCACACAAAAACUGCCCCCCCCCUCCCCACGUGAAUACUGACCGAACCGACUGGCUGAUGUAUGCCAGAUUUUCGAGAAAACUUUCGCUCCUCUUCCGAGUCCCACGGUAACAAGCGCGUAGGGCUAGGGAAGAUAAACAGACCAAUAAGUGAGCAGAAGGUUGGUGUUUUGGGCAGCCGGUACUCUCUUAUGCAUCUGAAAGGUCAUACUCACUAUGAAAGUGAAAGAUGAGUCUUCUGUCGAUGUGCCAAUAUUCCUGAUGGCAUAUGUGGACUGUGGCUCACGUUACAUGCCUUAUUUCUCAGAUUCUGUCAGAGUCUUAUUUCAGUCCUCGAAAAGCAACUGGCCUCGCUUUAGACGAUUGCAUUCCUUUUUUUGGGGGGGGGGGUCCCUUUCGGAGGGAGUAAUGCCACGACGUUAGAGUGGAAUUGUAGAACUCAACAACAGAGCUGUGGUUAAUUGUUAGCCCUCAUCAUUCCACUGGUCAUAGGGACUGGAUGUGAAUGAAAGCCGAUUAGCCGUCUGAUUUUGACAGAAUAGGCUUGUAAAGCUUUUCAUUUUGGUUAGAUGUGGUUAUGUGGCCCCACGUGAAGUAAACAAACCUCAACCAAUUAUAAUACGGGACCGGUGGUAAUGGGGGUCUUUACAGGUGGGGCUGGAGAACGCACAGGCGACGAGGUCAAGUAGUUGUGUGCAAAAUAAGAGCUAUUGGAAGUGAGCGGUUGUACUUCGAGUGGUUGAGAAGUAGUUGCCCUAUUCCUAGCCCUAACCCCUAACUUUGACCCCUAACCCUCAACCGUAAGCCCUAACUCUAACUCCAACAGUAUUCUGUACAUCAGGCGGGGCUACAUAACCACAUCCUACCCUCAUUUUCCUCGUCAGUCAGUGUGCAAAUAUGGAGUUAAUUUAAAAGACGACGAUGGUACGAUCACUGAGACGGUAGAUUUAUUGGCCUUAGCUUUCGAACUCGAACGGUAAUUCAUCAUCUGAGACUGCUAAAGUGCAGCAACGUGUGAACAUUUAUAUCGUUGUGUCCUGUGGGGGGACUACGUCCGUGGUUAGGUCUGGUUUGCGCCGACUGGCCCACAGUGGUCCCCCGGCGUGGUGACGGCGUUUGUACUUCGCGGCGAUGUGAGCUGCGCCACCUGGCUGCGUGGGCGGAGUGCGUGCUAACACGCGGGCAAAUCAAUGUGUCUAUUGAUAGAGUUGGUGCCUGACAUCCACACCUAGAACAGUUCUCGACCCCCCCCCCUUGCUGCCGACUCGCGCCAAUAUCCGCGUGUUGGCGAAGUCGGACUCACGGCCUUCCACCAGCAUGUGAGCGACGACUUGAGAUAGUGGGUCGCCUCUCCGAACGGCCCGUUUGUGCUCAAGUAUUCGUGAGAUGAGACGUCGUCUUGUUUGGCCUGUGUAGUUGCAAGGACAAUUGUGGCACGGGAUUUGAUACUGCCUUCCUCUUCUUUUAAACAAGAACAUGGGAUGCGCAUAUUCUCUUCCAUUCAUGGAGUUAAUGCUGCAGAGAGGACCUUCUCAGGUUCGAUCCGGAGGUCGACAUUUACAUAUGUGAGCCAAGUUUCACCAGCUUCAGUGGAAUUUCCGUCUGGAAUUUGCAAUCGGCCAGCUGACAGCCAGUACUAAUUGAUUUGUCACAUCGCCAGCGGGGAUACAAGCCAAAAGCACAGACACAUGUUUCGUCGGCUUUAUGCCUUUGUAUGACACAGACGCAAAGGGUUCGGCUUGCCAGUAAGUCUACCAGCAUUACCCGUGUGUUUCCUGGCAUGUACUCCAGCCGUAAGUGUUUGUUUUUUUCAUUGUCUUGCCAUUAUUGAAGAAAAUUCUGUAAGGUGGAUGUCUUUGUUUGCCAAAACUAAUUUUGGUCAGAGCCUAUCCAGAAGAAUACACGAAUACCUCCCGGCAUUGAUGAGAAAAGGCGAAAUCAGAAGCCUAAGCAUCGUCGCUCUCGCGCAUAUUAAUGAUUCCGCGCGCCGCGUGGACCCCAACAAAGACGAGUUCCUACUGAAACACUCGUAGUCACUGGGACAGCGCCUGCCAAUAACAGCAGGAACAACUGCCAUCAGGCUACGAAAGCCGGUCGUGUGCAAACAGAAUAAACUUGUGCUAGCUCCACGCCUGCCAUGGCCAAAUGUUGGUCAACUGCAGGCAGUUCUCUGCGCCCUCCUUUCACCUCUCCCCCCUGGCGCGGCUCUUCCUAAUCCUCACUGAUUCUUGCUACUCUUCCCUCAUACUUCCACAUCCUACGUGUGUGAGAAGGCGAACCUGAGUCGAUUUCCCUUACCACUCACAAUUUUUGCGCGAGCUGGCUCCAGUUUACAUGUUCUGGCAUGAUGAGAAUUUAUCGGAAGCAAACACAUGCUCGCCAACUAGUUUUCUUUAAAAGCAAUAUUUAUUCGGGGUUAAAGGAUUUAUUGUUGCAGGCAGGGCAAACAUUUUCGAAAAACCGAAAACAAAACUGUUAAUGUAAUACGCGGAUAGGGUAUGCUUGAUCACGCACCACGAACGGCAUGGCCAUGAAUGCCAUUUCUAAUUACUGUAUCCUUGUGGGUCUCAGAACACGAAGGCGUGGCAGUUAAAGUCUGUUUGAUUGUUUUAAAGUCAAACACUGUAUCAUAGAUCCAAGUCCAACUGUCUUUGAAAGCCAGUUGCCAACUCAGGUCGACCUGGACAACAGUGACACAGAUGGGGCCUACAGCCUAUUCUGAGAAUCAUAACGCCAGCUUUCUGAAAGCGUUUUAAGUGAUUGAGGCACCCAAUGAAACCUUGCAACGCAUCCACUCAUUUCCGACAAAACCAGCCUAAAUUACUAAAACGAGGAAUAUUUCGGAGAAAGAGAACUUUAGUACUAGUUUCCGUCUAAUUUGAACUCCUUGAUCAAGCAUUUCUAACCAUAAGGUCAAGAAAGCAGGGUCAUUUUCCAGAACUGAUUAAAUUAUUGAUUGCCCGUUAUCAUAUAAUAUUCUACAGGGGGUUUUGGCAGCGUUAAUAGAACGAAAGUAAACAUAGUGUUCAGUCUUUUAAUCAAGUCUCACUAAUGGGCGCCAUCCUCGUAUCAGACAGACUCCUCCUAUGACUAAAUUUCAGCGUAAAAUGUGACGUGAACAGACGAACAUGCAGUGGCUCGGGAGACUUCUAAAUGUCCAAAAUUCGAAAGCCUUUCCUUCCUUGCAAUUUCGUCAUAUCAGACAAAAGUAGGUCUUUCGAUUUCGCAUUAAAAAGGAGUCUCAUAAACAGAGAGUAACAGUAGACGUCGCAUCAUCAAAAUUGACCUUCAUAUUCUACACUAAUAAGAUUUAGGAACGCAAUUAACCAUAAAACUAGAUAUAAAAGUUUGACCGUCGCAGCGGACGAUGUCCACCAUGUGCUCCGCAACAUGAUCGGCGCAGAGUCGGUGACUUCCGCGUGAAUUAGUUUAUACUGGUAAUAGACUUGCACUGUAUCUACCGCACUCCCAAUCUCCGCGCCCGCAUGAGUCCGGUGUCAAGACAGACUCAGGAGGACCAGGGGAGAAGGCAGCUGUAAUGGCCACCAAAGUUAGACAGCCGUCGAAGUGGGCCACGUGGGUUUGGUCCGCGCACGAUACCUGGAGUUACCAAGGCUGGCCUAUAAGCACUCCUCCCCACGUGGCGCAGUCACUCACUGGAUUAAAAGGUAAAGAAGAUGCAAAUACUUGACAUUUGUGAAGUUAGCGUAUUCGCAGCUUUUGAAAGUUUUUAGAAAACUCACCAUAUCUUAUCACUCAGGUUUUCCCAGCGUCUGGUAGGUCGAUGGCAGAUUGAUAUGCCUGAAGACUGACUUAAUCUUCCAAUGUCUCGUUUCCUGCAGUUGACUCAGGGCUCCCAAAUGAUGGAAGGCCAAGUUAUACCCUGAAGAAGAUGAAUGAGCGGCCAUCGGACACGGUUCCUCUUCACAGUCAAAAGCGAAUUAAUGUUCGGACAUUCCCAUUUGGACUUAUUUACUGGUUUCCCCGACAUAAUUGAUGUUGCCGUAAGGCAUUAACUGCGGUAAACAUCACCGGAUACUUAACAGUGAACUGCGUCUCACUUAUCUGCCACGAUUCAAAAUAUCUAUGCAUGUCGACUUUCUCAGAACUGGGAGUAUAAAAACCUGAGAGGGCGCAGAUUAGCUAUGAAACAGCAUCAUUAAUACAACCGUGUAAAACAAGGCAUCGUCGGUUUUGUUCUGUUUUGCGGCCUUGUCAGAAAACCAUUCUUGCUAUAUAUUACUAUAAACGGAAAUAUACACCAGAGUUCACAGUUCCUCGCUCCCUUUAUUUGUAUAUGUGUCUGAGCAAUCUUCAUCACCCUAAAUAAAUCCUACCCUCAAGUCUACCAUCUCAUGGGUGCAUGUAUAUUAUUGUUCCGCACAAAACGUAACGCCUGUUUUUGCAAUAAUGUUAAGGUCGUAAUUAGAUUUUGCGGCUAUUAAGGUCACAUCAUUAAAUGUCAGAUAGUUUACAGAUGUAAAGCGAAUAAAUAUUCAUUAAAAGGAAGGCGCAUCGGAAGUAAGAGAACAAAACAGUUUGAGCCACUAAAUUUUUAGGCUUUUAUAAAUUCGACAAUUUUUUCUAAAGUGAAUGUAGAACGAUUUGAUUGCUCCUACUCAUUUUUGUGGAAAACUGCCUUGAAUUCAAAUUUCGUACGCGUUCUAGGUAAAAGCUAUGACUUUUUUAAAUUUUUGCCUAAGGCGCGAAAGCUGCAUUACACAUGAUUAAUCUAGAAAACUAACAUGUAAGCUUCUGUUUUUUUAUCAUGGCUUCACCAGCUACAGAUUAUGUUACAAGCUUCUUGAGCAACAGCAAUUCACAUUUGGUAAUUAACAGCAGGAAUAAUCAUGUUAUGCCUCACAAAUUCACGAAAAUUUCAAUUAUUUUAAAGACAUAACCAAGUAGUAAAUCUGUGGUGUACAAUGUGCUUUUUAGGCCACAGUAUGAUUGAAAUUUCAAUGAUCAAGUGGGGUUUUCCGUUGCCUUUUUGUCUUUUUCAGGUAGUGACUGUAGUUCCUUCAAUAUUGUUUGAGCCAAUGCCAGCUGCGAGGUUAUUCGAUCAAGAAACGUAGGUUGCGCUUAGAUUGUUUCGAGUAAUUAAUAGUCAAAAUUGACAAAGCCGUUCUCGCGAAACAGCACAUUUAACUCGUGAAAAUACGCUUGCAGCGUCGCAGAGUAGCUUGUGAUGCAAGAUACACACUUGCGCUGUCCAAGCAUGACUGAAAGUCUCAAAGGAGCCAUCUAGCGUUGCGAAAAUUACUACUGCAAAAACGCGUUCUUUUGUGGGCCUUGGUCUCCUGAACCGAAAAAGGUCCUGAUUUCCAGUCUUCCUAUAUGAACUGACGGUCAGCCCACAGUGUGUGUCCAUUUUUGCCUCUGAUUGGUCGGCUCGAUCUCAGCCGGUCUUGGUUGCCAUGACGACGUUCGGCGUGAGCACACUUCAGACUGCGCUGGCUGAUGAACAAUCAGGCAGCGCCGCACACACCGACUGACCUCAUAUCCAUUCAUCCGGCGCCGGAAAGACUUUACCACACCGCAGAGGAGGCCAACAACUUUUAAACAACAAACGCCAACUUCGAGGUAAGUUCACCAGGAAAAAAAGACAUUUAAGGAAAUUCAAAAGUAGUUGGAAAACAUUGCAUGCUCUCAGAAGAUGUUUGCGGGAAAAUUCCCGAGUUUAUUCGAUGUCCUCUUUUACUCGACAAUCCUUCUCUUCUGUUCAUCUUAAUGAUAAACUUGAAAAGAAAGACAAGAAAUGAAUGAUAAUACAUUAGUUUGUUGACGAAACGACUGUGCUUAGGAGUAGAUUUUUUGCGUACUUAAAAUCCUGCAAGUUUUUUUGGAGUAGAGAUAGCGCGCGUACUUUUCUUGCGUAGAUUACCCUGUAAAAACGGUUGUAUAAGUAAAUUACCUCCCGUCAUUUGUUCUGAAUAAUUAAGAUAAACUGAGUCACUAGUUGCAAUCCCAACCGUUGAUCGCUACAUAUGGGUGGGAGCGGACGGGGUCAAAAACGACACCAAUGGCUGUGAUUUCAGCUGGUGAGCCAUCCCAGUCCUCCGAAAGCAAGUUAAGGGAAUUAUAUUAACUGUACGCACACUAUCUAUACUGCACAGAUUUGGGGUAUUAUUAAUUAGUUGUUGUAAUAACAAAAGACGAACGACCUCUAGGACUGAGGUGUGGCGUCGUUCACUUCAGUUUGACCCAGGCCGCAGACACGGCUGGAAAAUGAAAAAUCGAUACUCGACCAGGCGCUCUGAUUGAUUUCUAGAGGAGCAAAGCGGCUCUCCAUUGCGCAGAUUUUGCAUUUAAGUUUAAAUCAAAACGUCUUCAGUAUAUCUGAUGAGGGUGCAUCGUUGUCUUUUGGCAACUUCAAGAGGUCCGCUCAGCAACGUUGAACUGAACGGGUCGCAUAAAUCUUCUCCUAGAUGAGUGGGGUUCUGGCGGAAGAGUUUGUCUACGUCCCGUUGUUCUGAAUGGCGAAUUCUCUCUUACGGUCUUCGAUGUGCGGCUAACAUUUAACAGCGGUCGUACCCCUUCAAUGACGUAAAGAAAUCAAACAGACAGUAAGCUCCCCUUGGGCUAACUGAAGUGGACAUGUUAUUUUGUAUAAGAAUGUGCGAUCUUAUGUUUGCGGGGUGGAAAAACAGACAGGGGUUUAUAUGGGAGUAUGCGAUUUUACUUCAUUCAUGACAGUGCCUGGAGACUUCAAUAAGCGAGGUUAAUGGUUCCAAACAUCGCAGGCCUUUUUGUGCCAACCAAGGGUCGCCACCAGGGAAAAGAAGGGACCUACGUGCCCGAAUAAUCAUCACAACUGCCAUUAGAAAUAAUAAUAAUAUGUGUUUUAACCAGAUUGGCAGCUUAAGAGCGUUUUAAAAAUACCGAAUGCAGCUAUCGUCCUUCAGUUCUAUUAUUAAACACCAUCCCCUAGGUAGGGGUAAAUCAGAGCAUUGAAAAUCUUACUGGCGUUGCUUAAAUGCCUGAAUAAGCGUCCUCAGACCACAACUAUGGCUUGCCUUUGAUCACUAGUGAUUCAAGUGUAUUUUGAUCCGCAGAAUGAGUUCGAUGAGAUUACCUUAUCCUCCCCUUAGGCUACUUAAAUUAUUUCCACGCAGGCAAGACAAAGUUCCAAAAUAAAAUUGUUUUAAUAGCUGCCUAAGGACCCCAAACCAUCUCCAAUUUCUGCUGAAUUUUGACAUUUUUACUUCCCCCCCCCACACGCAUAAAUGGAAUUCUCCGCAGCUGCGCGAUCGCACAGAAUCUACAUGGAGGACAACGGCAGCAGCUCAGUCAGUUACACUGACCGGGAUCACUACAACCUAUGCACCAACCACAGCCUCAAAACAACCUUAGGUUUCGGCAUAUUCUUUCAGUUGACGGCACUCUGUUUCGGGAUCGCCAUGCUCAGUGUCAACUCCUGGGUGACAAUAUCUGUGGCUCUUGCCGGAAUUGGCGGUGACAAGUACAGCCGGACCAGAACUUUCGGUCCUGUCUCGGAAUGCUUCCCGUCACCACCCCCAGGUAACGUCGAACAGCUGGUUUAGAAUUUUCAUACAAUGCGUGAUCGAUCUCAUGAAAUGUUGGUCGAAAUUCUGAGAUGCGUCCUCGAUUAGGAAGGAUUACUUGGGUUGCGUUGUAAUAUUGAUUAUCAUGCAGCAUACAAGUACAGCAUUUCGGACUCGCCAGGAUGUCGGCUUUUGAAUGGACUUCUUUUCGACCUCCUGUAGAAACCACACUUGGUAUAAAAUGGUAACUUAUACUACAUGCACUUUUUACAUUUAGUUUCGAUGGUCUCAUAUAUUCAAAUAUAUUUUAUAGGAAACAUGAACAAAAAGUAUGCUUUCUUUUAAUCGUUUAAUAGAAAAUCACAUUGACUUCACAUUUUAUACCCGAAGAAAAUGUCUUUGAAAGAGUUCCCCAAUUUCCGAAUAUUCUCGAGCCUGAUCAGCAACUGCAAUCUCACCCUUCAAGGUAUAUGCUUUCCGCGUAAGGAGAAUCAUACAUUCUUAUAUGCCCUUAAAAGGAUACCAUAAGGAGUUCAUAAAAGUUUGCAAUGGAUGCGGACCAUGUCACACAAUUCCCAAGGAGCAUUGUUAAACGGGCAUGUACAAAGCUGUAUGUAUGUACAUCGCACGGUCUUAAUCAUUUCACGAUAAGAAACUCUUUAAAAACUGUAUAAUAACCUUUCUUGGGGUAUAAAAUGUGAAGACAAUGUGAUUUUCUACAAAACGAGAGUCCAUUUUUUCUAUAAAAUAUAUUUUAAUUUGUAGGACCAUCGAAAAUCAAUGUGAAAAAAUGCAUGCUGCCUAAGCAUUUACUUUACCGAAUAUGUUUUCUGCGGGACUUAUGUAUACAUUGAGAAUCCCACAAUCGUAAACUGUUCAAAGCCUAAAUAUACACUUCUUCAGAUAUGAUAUGUGACGGCAGUGUGAUUUUCUACUUAAUUUGUAGAAAGGAGCAUAAUUAAUGCAUGUUUUCUAUGAAAUAUAUUUGAAUUUACGCGACCAUUGAAAAUAAAUGUAAAACCUGCAGGCUAAUUAUGGCGUCAUUCUAUACCAAGUGUGGUUUCUACAGGAGGUCAGAAAGAAUUUCAUUCAAAAGCCGAAAUCCUGGCGAGUCCGAAAUGCUGUAGGAGUUUGCUGCAUAAUAAUCAAUAUUACAACCCAACCCAAAUAAUUCUUCCUAAUCGAAGACGCAUUUCAGAACUUCGGCCAACAUUUCAUGAGAUCGGUCGCGCAUUGCUUGAGUAUUGCCUGUAAUUUUUUAGUUUUAUCACAUUCAGAAUCUUUUUCUGCUUUUUAAAUUCCUCUUGGUUUGACUUCUCCCUCUGUUACGUUUUUGUCGGCCCUUGCUUCCUUAUUUCCAUUUUUUAUUUUGCCAUUACAAUUUAUUUUUUCUUCCUCUGCCAUGCAUUUUUUGCCUGUUCUGCCUUCUAAGGCCAACAAUUUCUACACUUUACUUUGCCUCUUUCUUUGUCACACUUUUCGUAGCUAUCCCACGCCUUUCCUUUAAGUUUGUCGUUUUCUCUUCCUUCUUCCACCUAGUUUACUGAUUGUUAUUCCCUUUUUUCUGCGUUAUCUCAUCACCCUUCCCCUUUCACCUGUGUCUCCGCAUUCACUCCCUACAAUCGACGCCAUUAUUAACCUGGUCAACAUCUUCAUCACCAUCACCACUACCGCCAAAACCAAAAGUAGCCUCGUCAACUGCACUUUCCUGUUUCCCCUCUCUCCCCCACUUCUUACCAUGCCAGCAGCAAAUGUAUCGACUAACUGCGCUGUUAUUGCAGUAACCGCUGUCUUCCCCAUCAAUAGCCAAUACUUACGUUAAAAAUGAUUUCAACCUGAAAAAUAACUUUGCCAAAAAUACAAAGGCCUUCUAUUGUCAGCAUGAGGAGUCCCCAUAUCCUGGCAAAAAACAGAAAAUGAUGCAACCCAGUUAUCCAUUACUUUAGCAGGAAAAUUUGUAAAAUUUGCGUGCUAACGUAAGCCGCGAACAUAAUUCCCUUCUUUACAAUCAUGGCGAGCCAGCGUUUCAGUAUAGACGGGCCGUUAGCCACCUGUAUAUAAGUAAUUGCAUGCUUUUUAGUUUGAUGAAUAACUUCUGUGCAAUAAAGUAAACUAGUCUCAUUGAUAUGGCAAAUAAGGAAUCCUCGGCAACUCCACAGUAGCAACGUAUUUGAAUUGCUAAAUUUUAAUGCCUAACAACUAGACUGCAUCGCAGGUAGUUUGUGGGUAGGGUUUGUGUGAACCAGCGUCAUUUAAAUUACAAGGCUGCAAAUGAAUUUUGGCAAGACUGACUUGUAUGGUCCCCUAAACAGGACAUGAGAAGUGGAACCACUUGCAAUACGGAUGGCUUUAGACCAACUUCCAGUGAAAUUAGGGUUCGAUUUAAGGUUAGAGUCAGGGGAUUAAGCUAAGGAUUGGGUGAAGGCUGGAUCUAAAUCUAACGCCAAGAUAAGUCAGGACCAAGUUUAGGGUCAAAGCAAGGGCUAGUAUUAACGGCAGAGUUAUGGUUUAGGGUGGGGUUGGGGACAAGAUUGAGGCAACGGUUUAGAUUUAUAUUGGGGUUAUAGUUGGGGUUGGGACACAGGAAUGUUUUUCCGGAAUUAUGUGUAGGUCAAUCCUUAUAAAUUAGGCGGGACGUUCCUUUCCCUACAGUAGGUGGGCUAACUCAUGAAAUGUUAACCGAAAUCCCGAAAUACAUUUUAGCUUCGAAAAGAUUAAUUAAGUUGGAUUGUAAAACUAGUCGGCCUGCAACAUAAUUCUAUAAUAUUUCAGUUACCUCGGGAUUACGGCUUUCGAAUGAACUUCCUUCCGGCUGCAUGCAAAAGCUAUACUCUGUAAAAAAUGACUACAUAAAUAGCAUGCACUUUUCUCAUUGAUUUUUAAUGUCCAUAAAAGUCCAAUUAUAUUUCAUGGAAAAUAUGCAUAAAAAUAUUCACUCUUCCUCUUAUUCGGUAGAAAACGAUGCCAUUUUCCAAUUUUAUACUCAAACAAAGGGUAUUACUCGGUUUUAAAGAACUUUUCCAAUUCCCGAAUCAUUUUGAACCUGCUUUGCCGUCACACUAGCAUUCAGGAUUUCCAAACUACAAGCCAUGUCUCUUCCAUGUACGGGCUGCAUGCAAAAAGUAUACUCUGUAAAAAAUGACUACUUAAAUAGCAUUCACUUUUCUCAUUGAUUUUCGAUGCCCCUAAAAGUUCAAUUAUAUUUCCCAGAAACAAUGCAUAAAAAUAUUUAAUCUUCCUCUUAUUCGGUAGAAAACGGGGCCAUUUUCCAAUUUGAUACUCGAACAAAGGGCAUAACUCGUUUAAAAAAAACUUUUCCAAUUCCCGAAUCAUUUUGAACCCGCUUUGCCGUCACACUAGCAUUCAGGAUUUCCAAACUACAAGCCACGUCUCUUCCAUGUACGGAAAACCAAACAUUUCUCUACGGCAUUAAAAAGAAACCACAUGGGGUUCAUAAAAUUUAGCAUUGGAUUUGAUCCUUAUUGUUAAAUUUACAAGCCACAUUGACAAAUGCAGAGAUAUAGCAUUUUGUGAACAGUCAUUUCACGGUAUUAAAAAGUAUCACAAUUAGAAACUUAUUUAAAACCAGAUUAUACCCUUCCGUCAAGCAUAAAUUGGAAGAUGUAAUUUUCUACCGGAUGAGUAAAAGAAUGAAUGUUUUUAUGCGUUGUUUUCCUGAAAUAUAAUUGGACUUUUAGGGGCAUCGAAAAUCAAUGAGAAAAAUGCAUGUUAUUUAAGUAGUCAUUUUUGCAGUGUAGUUUUUUCAUGCAGCCGGAAGGAAGUUCAUUCGAAAGCCGUAAUCUUGAGGUAACUAAAAUAUUAUAGAAUUAUACUGCAGUUAGAUUAGUUUUGCAGCCCUAUUUAAUUAGUCUUUUCGAAGCAAAAAUGCAUUUCGGGAUUUCGGUUGAUAUUUCAUGAGUUAGCCUACCUACUGUAUGUCUUAAUUACGGGGGCCAUAUCAGCUUGUCUUAUCUGGAUUUUAAUUAUAUGACAAACUGGUAAUCAUCCAGUUUAUGGUGAUAUCAGGUGGUCUGCUCUCUGGUUCGACGUCACCACUGUUUAAAAGGUAGGCAAUAGUAGGAAUACUUUUGGGGAAAAAUGUCUGAUCGACUUUCUCAAAUUCCAGUGUUCCAGAACUGAGGAUUUAGCAAUUCUUGGAAACCUAAUUACGAAUGUCAGAUAAAAAAUGUAGAUGUCCCUUCUCACGUGGGCUGCAUCCACGUCCCCGGGUAUGCCUUUUAGGCGAGUCAUAGCGACAAGUACUAGGCCGUGGGUUUGCACAAGCUUUGUCGUUUGGAUUCGCUCCUAACUACCGGACAGCUCAUCGGGGGUCUACUUUAAGAGGCCAAAAUAGUUGAAUGCACCUCGUCAGACGCAUGCGUUUCACGUUCUAAAUAUCAUAUUUCUGAAUCAAAUAUGCUUUUUGACUUACAAUCGUUACAAGUUAAAAAUAAAAAAACCACAACUCCAGAAAACCACCCAGUUUGUUGACAUUUUUCAUUACUACAGGCGCAUUUUCGCCCACAACGCUGGAAGGAUGCUACUUGAAGAAUUUCGGUCAGUACGGUGGGACCCCGAUUGAUCCUCACCAACCGGGUAUGUCACAUGCUCCAGUUCACCUUGCUUUCUUCAUCCUAGUACGCAGCCUAUUGCCCGAUUGCACAGGUUGCUUUUCGGAUUAAAAUUAAAGAACACUUUAGCUGUCCUAAAAUUUACUAAAACAAACGAAAAACCACAAAACGCACUGUCAAAAAGACGGCAGACGGUUUCUGUUCGGCCUUCCGGACUUACAGGCCUUCUGACAAGACUGACGAUGUGUGUCAGAUCUGGUUGCUCGAUAAACAAUGUGUAAUUAUUCCGCUUCGGCUCUUAAGUCCCUCGACUAAUUUGCAUAAAUGACUGUGUUCAUCCGGCAGAGCAGUUUUAGUCUGCUUUGCUUUGUCUGUUUCGUCUACACUUGGAAUCACAGUAGCCCAGAACCAAAGGCAGUAUCACGCAAAUGUUUGUUCUGUGACUGGACACUGAUUUAGGCUGGUCGAACCCUAUUAUUUGUUCUACAACAGAAUUAGUUCUCUUUUGAGGAACCAGAAUAGAAUCUACCUUGAUAUCCUCCUGUUUUGAGGAGUAUUUUAACUUGGUUGUCAGACUGUUGGCAAAUUGCUGCAUUCUGAAUGCGGGGCUGUGCACCGUAUGAGGGUAAUUCGUGCUUUAUUUUUAACCCGAUUGAAGGUUUCAGCAGUACGGAUAGCAUAUCUACGUACUUUGGUAGGUCGCGCCGCAGAAUCAAUCGGACAAGCAAAAUACUGUCCGUCAGUUGUUUUUGGAGGACUCGGAUAGACCGAGCCACUUGUUGAAAUCCCAGUCGUUAGACCCAGCAUGUACUUACGAGGCGAUUUUUGUCCGACUUCGUUGCAAAUUAUGCUUGAAAAUGCACUCAAUCAAGAUUUUUCAUCAUCAUCAAUAUCUGCCACCCUUACUUAUAUUUGCAGAAAUGGGUUAUUGCUUGAAGACUUUUAUGCAUGAUAUAACACAUGACCGGAGGUAGAUGCGCUGGACCAACACGGGAGCCAUAUCAGAAUCUGGCAGGCGUUAUCGUAAUUGCGUACCAUAGCAAAUGCCAACAUUUCGGGGGUGCGAUGGCAGACCCGGUUGCCGGCAGACGUCGCGCACACUAGGACCCCUGUCGUCACCCCCCCCCCCUUCAUUGUCGUUGUUGAUCAAAGACCUGGUCAUUUGCCGUGUGGACCAGGGGGUGUGGAGUGGAACGCCAAGGUGCGGGCUCGACCGUGCCAUCCACCUGCAUCCUCCCCCGCCUCCGGUCUUCUUGACUCUGUCUUGACACCGGAUGCAGGUGGGGGAGGAGAGAGUGGUAGGCGCUGUGCAAGUCUACUAACACUAUAAACUAAUUCAUGCGCAAGCCAUCGUCCCUGUUCUCACUGUGCUCUGGAGCACAUGGUGGACCUCGUCGGCAACGACGGUCGAACUGUCGUCCUGUGUGUCUUGGUUCCUUCAGGAGGGCGAGUCAGGCUGCGUCUUUAUGACAUUCCUUCUCAGAUAGGACCCGAGUUCUCUCCUUCUACCAAAACCUACUCCACAUUACGCUUAUCGGGUCGUGCGUGGCACGCGUAGACGGGCUGAUUAAUUUCGUCAUUCCCCGCACUCGGCCCCGCCUCCGGUCGUCUUGACUCUGUCUUGUCCCAGUUUGGGUGGGCGAGGGAGAUGAGAGUGCGGCAGAUGUUAAACACGUCUGCUGUCACUGUAAACUAAUUUACAGUGUCCUGUGCCCAACACGCUGUGGGACACACAGCGGACAUCGUCGUCCGCCACGAUCGAACAGUCUUCUCGGCUUCCCAUAGUUGGCCAGCCUUAACAGAUGUUCUAUUGGUCCGAUAUUCUGCAGGCUGCAGUAACUCCUGCCACAAGUCGUCAGUGGCAGUUCUUAGAUUUCUGCGCAUACUUUUUUGUGAUCAUCUGUCGGAGCUAUGUAAAUAAGCUGGAUGCCGUGCCAUUUAUCGAAGAUAGCCAGCUGGAAGAUGUUGGCUUCGCAAAGGAUUUGUGUAUAUUUUAGUUUUUCAUCCCUGCAAGCCAGGGUUUCUGUUUCUCUUGCUGGGAAACGCCUAAUUUUUGGGAAGUGAUUUCCUGAAUUAUGCCUACAUAGCGGUUGGAUGGAUAUACCGGAACAUAGCGAAGAAAGCUUUCAUAAAUCUUCAGCCAUAGGCGUUUCUAAGUAAAGUUAGGGAUGGUAGCGCCUUUUUGAGAAAAAAGAAUUUUUCAAGUUCAUGUCCAGUUAGCAGCGAACAUUGGGUGACUUUAGUGACGGCUACGGUUGCGAGACUGACGGAUGCGGGCGAUGGUUGUUUUUCGCUGAAUUUUUAAUUCCAGACGGCGUCUUCUCAUCACGAGCCAGUGGGCCAGAGAUGACGGCCACCGCCGAGAUGUGUUUGUCAGUGUUUUAAGUGCGUACUGGAGCAAACUAGAAAACUGAUACACUUCCUUACUGAAUGUGAGAUCUCGAAAGAUUCACGUGGCCUUUUGGUGGCGACCAUUUCGGUACACUUUGUUCAGACCACUCGAAGACACAGCCAGCUUCCAGUAAGCGAAUGGAACUAUGAGAUAAGGGAAACUUCAACGGAAAAAACAGCUUUCUAUUCGUUGAGAUCAGUUCUGAGCGUUCAAGCAUUAUCAUGAGAUCGAACCAAGAGCAACUCUCGCACGUUGUGCGGUAUUCAGUUAUUUUCGAAAUGUAAUCUGAAACAGUUCCUUCAGUUGUGUCCUGUAAUCUCGAAACUCUGGCAUUUACCUUACACAUGGUGUAAGUUUGAGAACGGAGGGAGUGGAGAGCAAACAAUUUUCGACUGAUCUUGUUACCCAUGCAGUCGCAUUCUCAUUGAGUCGAUUAUUAAAAAGGCUAUACAAAGUCGUUUUGCGCUGUUUCCAGUUGCUUCUCCGUGUCAUCCAGCCAAAUGCGGGCUCAGGACAGCACAGAACGUCUUUGAAAGUUUGUCAACUAUCCCUAUUCGACGGAAGACUUGGAUUUUCCAGUUUGGCUUACACAGCCGUAGUUUUCACAACCGACAGGGCAACGAGCCUGUGGCUCAGUGAUAAAGCGUCGGAAUAAGUGAUUCUCAAUUACAAAAUGAUCCAGGCUCGUAUUCCAGAUAAUCCAGACCUAGGUUCGGGAAUGGCUAGCUGACGACGGCUAAUAAGUCAAAGGCAUCCAUCUCAGUUCUCCUUUUCUUUGUCAGUACUUCUUUUUGCAUGGUUUUUAAUUCUUGGACCCGCCAAUGCCGGAUCUGUCAGCAAAUUUUACUUGGGCACUUUAAAGUAUUACUAAGCACAGGGUCCUCACAGUGAAAUACCCUGCUGACCGGCUGCUACUUAUGCUUUUUUCAGGUCUGGCGUCUGCGGAGGUCGGUCUGCUCGCAUUCGGGAUCAUUUUCAAUGCCCUGGCGUUGGCCAUGGUGUGUCAUUUGGCAGUCCUGUGGUGCAGGGCGCCCUACGACAGUGUCUUCAUGCGAAACUUCCGCCUUGUUGUGGGGAUCGUCUCAACAAUUUGCAGUAAUAACUACAUCUACCUCACAUGAAUUCCCCUGCAUAACUAUACUUCCUUUGCAGUCUGCCCAUAUUUGAUGAUUCGCGGACUGGGCUUCCUGAAAUCGGCAGCGUUUCUCAAAUGUAGGGACAUAAGUCGUGCCAACCAAAAAUAUCCGAUAUCAAUAGGUUCAAGGCUCUAACUUAGAUGGAAAAUGUGAUACGUAGGUUUCGUGUGGUUGGUGUUGCGCAGUUGUCUCAGAAGAAUGUGCGGCUACUAGCAUUUAUAUAUAUAUAUAUGAGAUGAUACCGACAAAGACAAGGGAGACCGGAAUGGCCAUUUCUGGCUUAUUAGCCGUCAUCAGCCAUCAUCGGGAAUAUUAAUUAUUCCCGAUCACAACCGACAGGACAACGGGCCCGUGGCUCAAUGGUAGAGCGUUCAACUCCAUGACCAAAGAUCCCGGGUUCGAAUCUCAAGUGAUCCACACUUGGGGUUGGGUAUGACUGGCUGAUGACGGCUAAUAAGCCAGAAAUGGCCAUUCCGGUCUCCCUUGUCUUUGUCGGUAUCAUCUCAUCUAUGUCUACUACUAGUCGCUGUGCGACUGCCUGCGAGGGUUUAAGUAUGAGCCCCAAGGCACAACGGAACGAGCAUGUUCCGUAACCUGAUCGGCGAGCGCCCACUGUCAUAUAUAUAUAUAUAUAUCAAUCAGGAAUGGGCGCACACCGAUCUAUUGGCUUCACAAAGCAAAGGUAGAUUGAUACAAUACUGUUUCGGGCUUAUUGCGCUUUCAUUCAGCCAAUCAUUACCCUGACCACCAGCAGUUGGAACCAGAAACACCAAACAUGCGCACAGACGCACCUGGCGCAGUCGGUCCACCACUGAGGCCUACCAGAUGGGUCAUAAGCACUUCAUCGAACCGAAGUUCAUCAGUGCCUCACCACCUGUCAUUCUCUGUCGCUGCAGAUCGGGUAUUUAUCAAUCAGGAAUGGGCGCACACCGACUGAUUGGCUUCACGAAGCAAACAAGCUCCGUAUGGGUGGCAAAGGUCACGAACAGGCCAAUAGAUCGGUGUGCGCCCUUUCCUGAUUGAAUAAAUACCCGAUCUGCAGCGACAGAGAAUGACAGGUGGCGAGGCAUUGAUGAACCUCGGUUCGAUGAAGUGCUUAUGACCCAUCUGGUAGACCCCAGUGGUGGAUCAACUGCGCCAGGUACGUCUGUGCGCAUGUUUGUGUUUCUGGUCCCAGCUGCUGGUGGUCAGGGUUAUGACUGGCAGAAUGAAAGCGCAAUAAGCCCGAAACAGUGCUGUAUCAAUCUACCCGCAUUCUCUGUCGUCCCUCCUCGCUGCUAUUAUGACUUGGCCGACUUCGGCCUGGUAAUUGGUUGCCUGUUCGUGACCUUUGCCACACAUACGGAGCUUGUUUGCUUUGUGAAGCCAAUAGAUCGGUGUGCGCCCAUUCCUGAUUGAUAUAUAUAUAUAUAUGAAUAACUGAGGUGGUAUGCAUUCCGAGAUUAUAUGAUAAAAGAAGGAAGUCCGUCGGAAAUAGAGUUUUACUCGUAAAUUUUCGAGCUGGUUGCACCAACCCGUCGUCAGACAAAGUGAAAAGUGAGAGUUGGCAUUGUCACACUGCUGGUUGAGGACUCAGACAGAGAGGUAAGCAGACGACCUUGUGAGGGGGAGGUGUGCAUUGUGUUGUGAUGGGUUCGGGAGGUGGGGAUAGGUGUUGUGGGUCCAAGAUGUGGCUCACCGUGUUGGGGGAGGGAGGGCGAGUAGGGCAGGGUGGUAGGAAUGGCGUGUCGGCGAGAUCAUGCAUGUCCGGGCACGCAUUAGCUGUUGUUGUUCAUAAGGUGGGCGCCAGUCAGUCCACCGUGAUCGGAGACCUUCGUAAUGGACAUCAAGGUCAACAUGGCGGUUAAUGCUAUCUGCACCGGAGUGCCAAGCUUCGAGGAAUUCCCGUGCAUGUUUAGUGUUGGCCAUGGCGACCACUUCGGCACCGUCCCAAUUGAAACGGUGGUCACAAUCAAGAGCGUGGGCAAACACGAGAGAUAAGGGGUCGCGUCGGCGGAUAGCUAACUUGUGUUCAUUAAUGCGAGUCCCAAGUUGUCGACCCGUGUGACCAAUAUAAACGCAACGGCAGUUAGCGCACGGGAUGCGGUAAAUGACGUUACUUUGUUGCUCUUUGGGUAUGGGAUCCUUUGCCCGGGAUAGUGCUGCGCGUAAGGAGGACGCCGGCUUGUGGGCAAUGCAGAUGCCAAACCGGUUUAGUUGUCGGGCCAUCACUUCAGAAAUUCCUCGCAUGUAGGGCAGGGAAUAAUAUUUCCUCUGUGUCGCUUCUCCACUUGAACUCUGAUCUUGUGGUUGCCUCUGAUGUCUGAGACAGUUUUUCACGAAGCUAAUCGGACAUCCGUUAGAUCGGAACAAUUGGUAUAAGUAGGCUAGCUCUCUCUUAAGUAGAUACUGGCUGCUACAGUACCGAAAGGGUCGGUGAAAAAGAGUUCGAACGCAGCUUUUUUUGUGGGCCGCAAGGACAAGCUGUCUUUGGUCUAUGGCCACAUACGAGAACUGAACCACAAUUUUGCCUUUGAGAAAGCGAGGGUAAUUGGUCGAGCCAAUGAGAAGAUGGCCAGACUGGUGCUCGAAAGUUGGUCCUCGACUGGUACACUCAACCGAGCUAUAUAUCUCCAUCCCGCCUACCAAGCACUACGUACAAGGCUCGGAUCAGUCCGGACAGGACCAGUAAGGCAAGCGAGCACGCGGGACCGAGAGUCAACGCUCACGGAAAAGAGCGGAGUUGGGGGCCAGAGGUCAUGUGGCCAAAGCCGAACACUGUCUCACCGAUGCGCCCGCGAAGCUGAAUGCUGCUCAUCUGAACAGCAACGACCAAUCAGUCCACCGGCUGACUUGGGAGGGGCCAAGCGGCACGUUGAUUUGACCACAACUAAGCCUACCCCAAAGGGAACAAAGGUCACGCAGGCCUAUCAGCGGUCAGCUCCGGGGAGGUCUAAGCCAGUCAGCGGCAAACCGCCAGGUCAAAGUUCGUGCGUCCAGCACGGCUAUAAUACGAGGCAAGCGGCAAGACUGAAUAACUCAAGACCCGCAAGUGCAACAAUUACGCUACUGUGAUGAUGGAAACGAGGAAGUUUCCGAAACGUCAGUUCGAAUAUAAUAUGGUCCAUGGAUUCGCCCUCUCUUCUUCUUCGUCUUCUUUGGGAGAUGAUGAACGCGAUACAAUGUCUGGACCUCGAAUUUUUACGCAUAUCAAUAUAUAUUUAUAUAUAUAUAUAUAUAUAUAUAUCAGAUUUGAGACGGUGCGACUAUAGGGGACACCGUCGCGUAUUUCAACUAGAUAAUAGCAUUGUAAAACCCCAUCUCCUCUCAAAUGCGCAGAAACAUAUUUCAGGAAUCGAAGAAAGGAGAAUUCAUUCUUUGGAAAACCAUCCUGAUUGACUACCAGCUCAACUUCGAGCGGCAUUAAAGCCUUUGAACCAAACAGAAACGAAAUUUGUACAGCUAGUUAAUAGCUUUAAAAUCUUAUUAGGCGUAAUAUGUGGAAUACUAGGAACGUAUUAAGUCUCAAGAGUUUAAAUAAAUACUUCAACGUAUUGGCCUUGAUGUAAUAAAGCUUUUAAUUCUGAAUCUUCACAUUCCCCACGCAUCUCCUGUGAACCAAUGUCUCUCACUGACAAGGACAAAACUGAAUAACACUGUGUUUAUUUACCGUACAGGAUUCUGUGGCAAAUUUGGAGGCCGCCACUUCUAGUAGAUAUUUUGUUGUAUACGAACUACAUUCUUUAGCUAUUUACUGAAUCUAGCUAGUACUUCCUGUGAUGAUGGUUUGGGGGAUGAAUCCGAAACGUUAGGCUAGUAAAAUUGUGACCUCUUCUUACCAAUGCUACCUUACUUUUUUAUAACUCCCGUCUUUAUUGUUUUUACCAACGUAGAGUGACUCAGUGACGAGACUUUGUGGUUAGUUCAUCCAUUCGCUAGAAACUAGUUUCGCUCUUUCAGGGCUGAGAUCAUUAUUUUUCAGAGUAAACUGUUUCCUAACUUUUUGAGAGCUUCGACUAGGGAAUGACUGUCAAGUUCUCUAUACCCUCUCGUGUUUUAUUGUAGUCUUUGUGAUGUACAUUCUGUGAUCAGUCUUAUGCAAUGUUGACCGAAAGUCUCAAAUAGGCUUUCGGUUAGGAAAGACUACUUAAGUUAAAUCUUAAUAUUUGUUAUUGUGGAGCAUGAUCUCAAGAGAUCUCCGUCAUGUCGUGACGUCCGCACAUGAAGUUAUUUAUUUUCAACCUCCUAAAGAAACGGCACUCAGUAGAAAUAACUGCCUAAGUAGUAAAAAUUUUCUCAUUUAUUUUGAAUUGUAAAUCGAAAUAUAUUUCAUAGAAAACAUGAAGAAAUUAUCUUUCUUGUUUUCAUCCAGGGUAAAACCACGCCUUGUUCAAAGUUUGCACUCGACGAAAUAAUAAAUCUACGUUUCAAACAAUUUUUCAACUCCCGAAUAAUUAAUAACCUUAUCUGAAGUUACAUUUGUGUUCAUGGUUAUAAUCUACGAGUUGUGAUGAAAAUCAUACAUACCUUCCUGUCCUUAAAAAGAUGCCGCAUAUGGCGCAUAAAAUUUUAUGAUGGAUGUCGAUUAUUUUAUAUAUUUCAUAAGUGAUACUAACAACGCACAGACACGGUAAUAUUUUUAUGGAUAUUUCGCGAUCUUGAAGAAUUUCAUAACAGCACACCUUUUUGAAAUCGAGGGAUGAACUUUCUUCGAGUGUAAGAUCUGAAGGACAUGGGGGUUUCUACUCAAUGAGUACAAGGUAGAAUGUUCUUGAACAUGCUUUUUAAAAAAUAGAUUUGAAUUAAUAAAGGCCCCCAAAACUCGAUGGAAAAGUUCAUGCUACUCGGGUGAUCAAUCUUACCGAGUGCCGCUUAUGCAGGCGGCCUAGAAGAAGGGUAGUGAAAACCCGACUGCAUGAUAAUCAAAAUUGCAAGCCCACUUAAGUAAUCCUUCCUAAUCGAAAACGCAUUCCGUAAUUUCGGUUAAUAUUUCCCGGGUUUAGUCACUAACUGUAUACAAGCCGCAACACCUGUACACCAUGCAUCAUAGACCCGAAUACACUGAAGCCUUUCGAACUGUGGUGCUCAGAAGCCCCUAGCCCUAUAUUGUGCAAGUUAGGUUUGGCAGGAGUUAUAAUGCGCCGACAAUAUUGGUCGUUAUAUAUGUUUAAGUAAAAAAGUGAAUGUUAUCAUGUGAAACCCCAUUAACAAUUUGAAUUGGAGGGAUUCUGAGUUGCGCCACUCAAAAAAUGGAUGUAUGAUUGAACGAAAAUUCAUAGUCUAGGCGGAACUUGGCAGUAUUUCCGCAUUUUGAUCGUAUGGAACGAGAAGGACGUCUUUAGUAAGACUGUUGUGGCAACUGAUCGAACUUGUCAGGUUUUUGAAGUUGCUUUUAGAAGCCAAAACACCGAUCGGUGUGAACAGGAAGACAGAGUAAUUCACGUAUUGGGUCAUAGUCAGCCACUCUGUUCUUACGCUGGAUGGCUAGCCACAAAGAUAAGGACGAUGGUCAAGCAGAAUAACUGAACAAAGCCCAGCUACUAAGUUAAAAAAACGUGGUAAAACUUUGCUCAAUAGCUGUGUCGGCCGACUCCUACACGGCGAAGUGAUGUUCUGGCGAGGUCUCUGACACUCAGCUGCUGAGUCGAUGAUUCAAAAAAUAACAACUACUCCCUCACCUACGGGAGGCAUCAUAGGAAUAUAUGUGUAUAUAUAACAGUCUGCCUCAUGUAUACGCUGUCCAUCUAAUUGAGGCAAUAACCUUUCAUAUUGAGAAUUUUUUGUUAAAAUGCGAACAUUCGGUCAAAUGUUUAGAAUGCAGAACACAACUAAUAAUAACUGCCGCACGGUAAAAGCCUGUUUUGUCUACUUUCAGCAAUACUGUACCUGGCAACCAUCGUUGUUUAUCAUCUGGAGCUCAACGUUGAAGUAAAACAAAUCCCGCAGGUAAGUUGAAAUACUCUACAUGACGUAUAUGGUGACAGCCGGGAAGAAACUGUCUAGCCGGCGGCACCCACUUACUCCUUUUUAAGGAACCAAUACACUUCUGGUCAUCAGGAAGCAUUAUAAUGACCCAACUUGUGUGGCUGCUGUUAAGAUUACCUUCCACUCAUUAGGAGUAGGCUUAAAUAAGACGACUUUUCGGGUGUUCAGCCUUCAUAAUGCUAACUGAGGUCAAUUAUAGAUAACGUUGCUUAGUGUGAGUUUUGACCACUUCAUACACGAAGUACGAGAAUAGAGACACUGAAUUUAGGGGAAGGCAUACAUACCUUACAGUUUAAUCCCGGACCCCAAUUUGAUUACCUUUCCUUCACUUUUCGACAGUAGUAUGAUGAUAAAAGUACAUAUUUGGCGAAAGCUCGCGAAUGAAAUGUUUGGGUGAGAAGUUGUACGAGUUUCUACGCCAGCAUUCAAUUGAUCAAAGUGAUGAACGUGUCAUUUUAUGAGUAUAAUUGCUCUCAUUCGUUAACCUCCUCAUAUUUUAAACAUGAAAGUUUACACAAAAAGACCGAUUUUAUUAUCUACUCGGGGACCUUAUCUAAUAGUUUUUAGCCCACGUAAAUGUUACUCAGCCUUCCCGGAACAUAUGAGGUUGACAGAUAAGUUUUAUAGGCCCCCAAUCAGUAUUUACAUUUAAGUCAGGAAAACUCCUAAGACCCUUAAGGCUUCCAUAAUGAGAUGUUCAAGAAAAAAAAACAAUUUUUUACGCGAAGAACGUUCACCUAUCAGGUUACAGGACACGAUCGUUCGGCUGUGGCUUUGGGCCCAAUCUAGAGUCUACGCAAGCAGCUAUAUAGCGAACAGGAACGAUGCAGGAUGGAUUGGCAACAAAGAAAAAGGGAGACCGGAGUGUCCGUUUCGGGCUUGCCAACCGUCGUCCGCCAGCUCCGGACUGAGUUCCGAAACGCAACGGAAUAAGCGUGUGCCGCAACCCGAUUGAUGAACGUAUUUCAACACAGGACAGGGGUCCCUGGCUAAGUUGCAGAGCACUGGGCUGACAGUCUGACGGUCGUGCCCCACGAUUUCCACACUGUGCUCCACGGCGAGGCACCGUUAGCACGGUGAUUUGCGCGUGAACUAGUGAGUGUGGAUUUCCGCCGCACCUCCCCCCCCCCAUCCCUGGGCCCGGUGUCAAGACAGAGUCAAGAAGACCGGAGGCGGGGAGGACGCAGAUCGAUGGCGUGGUCGAGCCCGCACCUUGACGUUCCCCUCCACAUCCCCUGGUCUACACAACAUGUGACCAGAACUUUAGCCAGCAACAGCAUAACAAGCGUUCAGAAAGGCGAGGAUGACUGGGCAACCAUGCACACACGACCUCUGUACCCAGCGGGAGCGCAAGCGCAUCCACCUGCAGGGAACCUGGUGUCAGAGAACUGCCCGUGUACGCCAGGCUGCGAGGACCAUUUUUUCCUGAUCCUGGCAUAGCAGACGCUUAUAGACCUUUAAGAGCACUGUACUACAUAACGCUUAAUGAACUGGGAGAGAGAAAAAGUCCGCAUUCGAAUCCCAGGUUGGGUAUGGCUGACGAAGGAGGACUAAUUCGCCAGAAAUUGCCGUACCGGUCUCCCUUGCCUUUGCUGGUACCGUUUCCUGAAACAAAUAAAUGUCGCUUAAAAAUACUGAUGCCAAAAUUAAAAUCCUCAAUUAAGACCAAGCCUUUCAGACGCCGGCUCCACUCCACCCCACCUCAUUCUGAGUAAUUUGCAUGUUCAUGUUGCUUGCUAUAUUUUUGGUCAGGCAGAUUUGGACGAAGGUGAAGGUUGGUGCAUAAACAGGUCUAGUCCACAAGUUCAAGAAGGUUGGAAAUCCAGGACUUCGUGCGGCUUGUGCCGUUUCGCUUCCAAAUUUCGCUUGAAUGAAGUGGCUUCCGCGGUUAUGCCGCAUCUCAUUCACUGAAGACUGGGAAAGUAGCAAAAGCUAAAACGGAAAAGGGUCACUCGAUGUUUCGGUUUAGAGGUAGGGUUAGUUUUAGGGUCUGGGUUAGUGUCAGGCUGCGAAUUGAGGUUAGGGUUAGGGUUUGUGUCAAGUUUAAGGGUUCCGGUUAGAGUUAGGGUUCAGAUUGCAGUUUGGGUUGGGGUUAAGGUUCAGGUUAGGGUUUGGGUUAGGGCUAAGGUUGGGGUUAGGAUUUGGGUCAGGUUUAAGGUUAGGCUUAGGGUUUGGGCUAGGGUUGGUGGUAGAUUUAAGGUAAGGUUUGGUUUUAAGUUUUAGGUUAGCGUCAGGUUUAUAAUUACGUUAAGUAUUAGGUUUACUUUUGAGGCCACAGUUAGGUCUACCGUUGGGUUUUGGGUGUCGCUGACCCGCGUGUCCUGUCGACCAGGUCUUUUGUGGAGGUUCUAGGCUUCCUUCAAUCUUGCGGCAGAAUUGUGAUACGUCAGGUUGUUCUUUCCCGUUUCGGCUUCGACUACUUUCCCCACUAACGAUUUCAGCAUCCUCCUUCGGCUUACUUUACUUUCGAUGCCUACAUAGCGCUUACACUUGGGACCAGGGCAGCGUAACUGACCCUUGCCAGAACAUCUUCUGAUUUCUUCGAUGCUUUUUUUGACCUCUGUAGCAUACCAACACACAUGAAAAUCUCUGUCAAUCCAGUACUUAAAGUCGCACGAAAUUCUGAACUCACGCCCUUUUUUCCUAGUUUAGAACGUGCUUGUGAUUUUGCUAUGCAUAAGUCAUUCUCAUCGUGCGUUUGUUGCCCGUGUGAGCCAGCUCACGCCGAAAUCCACUCUGUCAGUUUUAGUGUGCUCUUUUGUACGCAUUUCGGCUUUCAACAUUCCUGCCAUCCACAUCCGACCGCAGACCCCCUCGUUAGCCCUGUCUGACGGUCCAUUUUAGGAUAUGUAAUAUGCCUGAAGCCGAAUGCAAAUCAAACGACGACUCCAUUGAUAGUUCGGACCGGAAGCGCGCCGAGGAGCGUGAUUGAUGCAUCCGCAGUUUCAGUUUAUUAAGGGAAAUAUAGGCGAGCGCCUUUGAACCCCCUAUUGGUUUCAAGUCGUCGGAGAAAAAAAUUGAUAAGUGGGAAGGUGAAAAAGGGAUUUUGUACAUAAUCUCGGACAACCGACAAUCGAAAAAGAGUAAUCAUUAAUGUUUACUUACUAAUUACAAGUAGUAUAAACGUAUAUAAGUUGUGCCGUUAUGUAGGUGGGUGUGAGACUGGUAGUUGGGAUGCUUGAUACCCGUCAGGUCUACACUUAAAGGAAUUCACACAGGGGGAGAGUACAACAUCUGUAGGUAGGGCAUUCCACGCUGCAACCACUCUGUUACUGAAAAAGAACAUUCGUCCAUUGAUCCUUCCUUUCCCUGUGCGUAUUUUUAGGGGAUGCCCGCGCAAUGUGGGCGUGUUAGCUUGAGUGAAAUAAUCAGUGGGACCUAAACAACAGGUUUACUAUGGGAAUAGAAACUAUACUCAACCUACACCAUCAUGGAACUUAAGUUGGAAAUGAGUCACGUCGACCUAAUUUUUUCGACGUUUGUCUACUUAUCGCGUAACUGAAUCGACAAUGAUACCCCGAAAGCAAGACGAAAUGCAUUAGUAAUGUAAUGGUUCCACCCUCAAACGGGGCAAGUUACAACUUCGAUUAUUUACUUGCUUCGGCCCCAUAUCUCCUCUCUCUCUCUCGUUACAGUUCAGUAUAUUUAAGGGUAGUAGACAACACCAUGUAAGGUCCUUUUGAAAACCAAACUUUAGAUUUUCAAGUCUAAAAGCAUGAUAUUAAAACGUUAUAAGUCAGAUAUACAUUUUAAAUAACAUUAUUUUUGAGGAUGUGCGCCUGCAGCCCACAGUGAAAUACGAAGUAUCAGCCAACGGCACUAUCGGUAGGUAUUUGCAAUACGCUGGUUUGAUGCAACAGAACUUUCCCGUCCAUUUGGACGAUAUUUUUCAAACAAAUAUACAUCCAGACAACGUUUAAAUGUCUCUACUGAGUCCACCACUUUUGCUUCCUCGGGAGGUCCGUUGCAGACAUCGACAACUCGCAGAGAUAUUGAGCAGGUAGGAUCAGGCUCCUCUAAGUAUGAAGGAGUUCCCACCUAGGUUUGUCGUCGUAGCCGAUGCAAAGAAAUCGUCGCGGUGCAGGGCACAGUCCUUAUUAUUCACAGCCCGGUAGGUUUAUAUGAGAUCUCCUCCGACCUGGCUGCCCUCAAGAGGAAAUAGGUUAAGCGCAUCAAGCCUGCAUCUGUAAGGUAAAGUCCUUACACCCUUUACGACGUUUGCUGCCCUCAUCUGAACUUUUUCCAGCAACUCGUGGCCUUUUUAGUUACGGGAGCCGCGCCUGGAUUCCGUAUUCCAGUUGCGAACGAUCAAACGCCUCGUAAACUUUAUAUAUACAUAUAUAUGAGAGUCAUUUUAACGGUGAAGAGAACACCAUUUGCCCCUUUUGCCGUCCUAACGCAUUGAUAGGAGGGUUUGGGAGAUGUCAGAAUGGUGAUUGCGAGGUAUUUUUUGCUCAGUCACAUUUGUCAGUCAUAAUUUCAUCAAGAAGGUAUUGAUCAUCAUCUCCAUUCGUACUCGCCUUCUUCGUUUUGUAUCGCAUUAAGUUAAACUUCACCAAUAACGUAGACGAUUACGUUCUUCUUGAAGUGUUCAUUUAUCUGUUUUACGUUUGAUGGUUGGUCAUAUUUUGAUUUCGUCUCCUAACAUCACUCCUAGCGGUCAGGUUAAUUCGCGCAGUCAUCAACAUAAAUCAAAAACAGAUAAGCCCAUAUCAAUGUUUCUGAACCUGCAGAACUCCAGACAGUCGGUGACCCUGAUGUUUGGUUCUGGCUACAUUGUGGCCUGGUUUGCGGUCGCUACAAGCCUCAUCGCCGCCUGGUUGUUCAUUUCCUCCACCUGCUGUUGGGCCGUCGAUUUCGUCAACUGUCGUUCCGUUGCCGCUGCCUUCUAUCCACCCUGUUCCCAGCGUCCCUCGCCGUUUGGACCGAAUGGCACCCUGUAUCCAGCCGCCUACAGCAUGGACAGUCUUAGCAAAGUGAGCUAAAUUCUCCGCUCGAAAAUAUUUAUACCAAAUUAUUUCAUCAGUCCUUUUACUUCGCACACUGAUGUUGUUGUUGCUGUCGUCGUCGUUUCAGUGGUCAUUCAUCGGCGUGAUGCUGACAAAGUAUUCGUCUGAAUUCGCGGCUUUUACUAGCGAAAGGCAAUUCCCCAAGGGAGUUCCGAAAUCGAUUGUUGCAUUUGUCGGUCCCAGUUACAUUUGAGGGUUUUUGCUUGAAAAAAAUUUCGAAUCUAACUCAGACGGUUCAUAGUACCAGCUGUCUACCCCGACAAGUGCUUCUCUGCUCUCCUGUCUGGCGCUACUACAAGCCUUCAGUUCAUUGACGGGACUCCAGAGCCCCACACGUCGUCUCCAGUUUACAGUUACGCUCUAAACUUUCAGCCGUCACUGUCGAAAUGUCAUGAAGCAGAGUAUUGUGACAUGAUUCGUUGUUCUUAACCAUGGUCUUUAUGUUAACCUCUAAGCUACACACUACCAACUCCAAGUGCAUAGACGUCUUACGGAUAAGUCGGCAGAUCUAGCAGUAAGUGGCACAAGUAUACGUCAAGGGUAUACUGUACUUAGAAGUACGGUGUAUUUUCAACACGCGGCCUGAACCCCGUCAGCUGGCCAGGUCUUCGACAGAAUGUAUCUACCGGUGGGUAAGAUCGCAUUAUGCGUUGAUAUUGUCGACGUACUUACUUGUUAUCAGUAGGCGUGUUUAUCUUGUUAUCAGUAAGUGUGCUUCUACUGAGUGUACACCUAUUCGGCAUCCUCCUAAAUACCGGCCAGAAAAAGUAUUUUGUGAAGUUGAAAAACUUGUUGUACGGUGCCCUCUACCAGUCGCAAUCAGCGAAGCGGAUCUAUUCACACCUCUAUUGUCUUCGAUGGACCCAAAAAAGCGGCAGUAGGACUCCUCAAAGUAAUUACUUAGUGCCGAUGACAGACGAACACUAGCCAGAACGAAUAUUCUCGAAGACCUCACUUAGCCGUCUCUAUACAACGGAGUUGACCUGUUAGAUUCUGGCACAAAAUCGGCAGACUUGGCAACUUACCGUAAACACUUAGAGUCCAUUUGGACAUAUGAAACGACAAAAACGCAGGAUUAAGCUAGAGAGGAGAAGUGUAUAAAUGUCCAGUCGCCUCUCAGGUCCCUUUGAUGUCAACGCACGUUAAGAGCCCCCCCCUUUGGGGCGUCUUGCCAUUCGCAGAAACAAUAGUAUUAACGACAAUAACACGGCAACCACUGCGUCGAGGAACAGCUUUCGCAGCUCUCCAAUCCUAUAGACCCUGUAGAAAACUGAGGAGUAAAUGUUAAAGUCCAAAAACAUGUUACUAAAACGUUGUCAGUAAGAUGUGCAUUUUAAAUAUCAUUAUUCGUGUGGUUAUGCGACUGCAACCCACUGCAGUAGAGAAAACCGGCUUACCAAUUACCGCGUCCUUUGCGACCGCAGAGGUUGGUAGGGAGCUUAAAACGACAGUUUAUUUCGCUCCGCCGUCCUUCAGAACUCAAAUUCUCUAUUUAUCUCGCGCGCCUCACUUCGACGUUAAUUCCAACGACCCGCAACCGUUUCUUUUUACACAACGGCAAUCCGGACACCAACAGCCGUCUAAACGCCGCCUACCUCCCCAUGUGCCCCGCAAUCAAGGCCACCCACUCACCAUAAAAAGUACUCGGUCUCGUGGUAAAGGUUGGAGCUAGUUUCAGUUUCAGUUUAUUUGAGGAAAAAAUAGGUGUUGCACUUUUUAACUCCCUAUUUGUUACAAGGAUGCGAAUUAUGUCAAAAAUUUGAAAAUGGAAACAUCAAACAGCUACAGAAGUUUUUUUCAAAUUGACAAUGUUUUCGAAACCAGACAGAUAACGAAUUGUUCCAAGUGUUAAAAAAAUUAACGUUGCUAAAUGUGCUGUACAGUUGUCUGUUAGUGGAUAAUUGGUGCUAUCUCAGUUUCUGAGGGAGACGGAUUGAAUGCCAACACUCACACUCAAUGGACUUGGGGCAGUAAAAAAAACGUUACUGAAAUACAGGCAGUAAUAUGAUAACAUUAAUAAACUGUUGGGGAUUCUCUGGAUUCCGCUUACCGUCAGUGUUUAGAAAGUACGCGACCGGUACUGUUCGCGUCUGACUUCGAAUAUCUCGAAGCGCAUCGCAUUACAGAUGUAGGAAAUGGCCGAACGUCAAGGUAACAGGGACAGAAUCACUAAAUGCAGUGUCUUAUACGAGUUACACGCAGCACUAUUUUGCCCACAUUUUCAGUAGGUCGCUACUCAUCAACAAAUUCGCAAACAUACAUUGCUUCAAAUGGGUCUUCCUCUUGAUCACAGCCUGACAUAGAAAUUGAUAACUCUAAUUGUGUGUAGUAGACUUUGUUGAAUUUACUCGAGAUAUGAAAGCUCGUGAAUACGCUGCUAUGAUAGAUCUCCGGAUACAUAAAUAAAUCCAUUAUGGCCCUUUCCGACACUACUUAUAAACAUCGGGAUAUCGUGUUCAUCAUCUCCCGAAGAAGACGAAGAAGAAGAGGGGGCGAACUCAUGGACCAGAUUGUAUCCGGACGGACGUUUCGGAAACUUCCUCUUUUCUAUCAUCAGUGUAGCUUGUUUGUUGCUUCUCCGGUUUUGAGUUGUUCAGUCUUGCCGCUUGCCUCGUAUUAUAGCCGUGCUCGACGCACUAACUUUGACCUGCCCAUUUGCCGCUGACUGACUUUGACCUCCCCGGGGCUGACCGCUGACGGGCUUGCGUGACCUUGGCUCCCUUUGGAGUCGGUGUAAUUGUAGUCAAAUUAACGUGCCUGAUGGCCUCUCCCACGUCGGCCGGUGGACUGAUCGGUCGUUGCUGUUCAUGUGAGUAGCAUUCAGCUUCCUGGGUGGAUCGGUGAGACAGUGUUCGGCUUUGGUCACAUGACCGCUGACCCCCAACUCUAUUCUUUUCCGUGAGCGUUGACUCUCGGUUCCGCGUGCUCGCUUGCCUUAUUGGUCCUGUCCGGACUGAACCAAGCCUUGUACGCAGCGCCGGGUAGGCGGAAUGUAUAUCUAUAGCUUAGUUGAGUGUGCCAGUCGAGGACCAACUUUCGAGCACCAGUUUGGCCAUCUUCUCAUUGGCUCGACCGAUUACCCUCGCUUUCUCGAAGGCAAAGUUGUAGUUCAGCUCUUGUACGUGGCCAGAGACCAAGGACAACUUGUCCUUGCGGUUGAUUGUAAGUUGGUGUUCGUGCAACCUUGUAUCGAGGCGUUUGCCCGUUUCGUCAUAAUACCUCGCACUGCAAUUUAGGCAUGGUAUGCUGUAGAUUACCGCUGCUUGUUGUGUUGUUGGUGGCGGAUCUUUGGGCUUCGUGAUUUACUGCCUGAUGGUGCAUUCUGGUCUAUGAGCCACGUCAAUCCCAAAAGGUCUCGGGAUUCUCGCCGCCGCCUCUGAUACGUUCUUUACAUAGGGUAUUGGGAGCCAGAACUUCAGCUUUUCUCCACGUUAGGAUAUAUAUAUAUAUAUCAGAUGCUACAAAAAUAGCAGUUCCACGGUCUAACUGGGUGAUCCCUUGCGCAAUUUUUGAUAAACAGAGUGGCAGCUCUUCUAAGAUGGUCGAAGCAUAAAAGGCUAUUGAGUACUGCCUAUCCUGAUAAGUUGCAGUCUCCUUAAACUCCAAUGCAGACUUCCGAGACUGAGUCAAUUAGCUUCCCCGAUGCACACACCCAGAGGCUUUAUCCUCUCCGAAUGCACGAGAAACGGCAAGGGUCUGGUCCACGGCCGGGGUUACUUACGCCGGGUAGCAAAUGGAAUAAAAGAAAAUAACAGACGAUACUUAUUUGUGUGUGCCAGAGAAAGAAAUAAAAAGAUCUCAUGGUGGCCGUUGCGUGAGGGUGAUCAAGAUGUCUUAAGGUAGUCCCCGGAGUAAAAAUAAAACAGUGCAAUAACUCUUUUGACAAUGCCUGCAAAUGGGCAUUAAAUUCAUUUACUAUUAUCAUUAGGUGGUAAAAACAGUGUCCACUUGUAAUUGGUGACCAAAUGGAGGGUCGGGAUUUGUGAUGCCACUAGGUUUUUUGAUUUUCGGCUCUCUUGCUCCCCGGCCAUAAGCCAUACCUCUGCUCAGGAAACUGAUACUGUGCCAGGCCUGUUAAUUAAAGAUGCCAUUUAUUUUCCUGUCCCCAAAUACCUCACAUGAAAGUAAAGUUUGCACAAUAACUGUUCGGUUUAAUAAGAAUGAAAUCUACAGUGCUUUUUACUGUCGUCAUUCUGCUGAGAUAAUCAGUACUGCAACACUUCUUUCUGACUCACUCUGUCCUAGUGGUCAAUCCAAGAUCCUCCGACGCUCCCACGAUUCAAAACGGCUACCUACGGAGAUGGACAUGAGAUUCGGGAUCCAACUUCAACAGCCGCUCCAGAAUAA